CUCAGGGCCCAGAAAGGCGUCGAGGGAUCACUCACUCACUGCUCGCUGCUCGCCCAGAGACAGAGUACUCGAGUCCGACAAGGCCGGGGCCGAGGUAAUUGAUUGAUUAAGAAAAGAAGGACGAGACUUUCAGACACGAGUACCUACAGUAAAGACUGGAAAAGGAUACCAGCAAAAAGGCCAUCCUACCCUAACCUACCCUUUUCGUCAUAUUUUUCUGAGUCCCUUGAUCCUCUGUAUUUGACAGCUUGAUCGUCUAUACUAGCCCGUGUGCAACACUUGAAAGCCUCCUACUAUACACUUGGAAAUCUCAAAGACACGCCUUGUGCCAUCAUGGGAUUGAAAAUCAUCGUCGUCGGUGCCGGUAUUGGUGGUCUCACUGCCGCUCUGGCUUUGAGACAAGCAGGUCAUUCUGUCGAGAUAUUCGAAAAAUCAAAAUUCGCAAAGGAAGUCGGCGCAGCUUUAGGGUUGACACCAAAUGGUUCACGAGUUCUCGCGACUCUCGGCUUCUCAUUUGAACGUGCGAGAGCAAGGGAAAUCACCAGCUGGGACAUUGUCGACGGGGUGAGUUUGAGGUUGGCCAAAAGUAUGGAUUUUACCGGCCUUUCCAAACAAUUUGGAUUCUCGGCCUACGCCGUACACCGCGUCGACUUUCACACCGAACUUUUGCGCCUCGCACAACAACCUGGGAUCUCGGGCGAGGAAGCCGUGGCCUUGCAUUUGUCCUCUGCGGUUGUCGAUUGCGAUCCGGUCGAAGGUUGGAUCCAGCUGGCGGACGGCACCAAACAUUACGCAGACCUGAUUGUGGGGGCCGAUGGGGUCCAUUCCGUUCUCAGACCUCUUGUGACGGGAUCUGGAGAUGCGCCACAUUCGACGGGACUCAGCGCCUUUCGGUUCUUGGUCCCAACCUCUACCAUGUGCAACGAUCCGGCCCUGCAGGAUCUGAUGGAGUGGAAGACCACGGGUGCAGCGACUCUCGCAGACCCCCAAGAUGCCCUUCCCCAACGCCACAUGAUGUGGUAUGAUUGUCAAGAUGGCGAAAUCCAAAAUUUUGUUGGAAUAACUGCUUCACGAGACAUUCCUAUGGGAAGUGAUGGUAUUCCUGAUUUCAAUACUGCCAUGCUUGAAGACUUUCAUGCAUAUCAUCCUGACCUCAAACAUGUCAUCAAGAUUGCAGGAAACGUCACUUGCUGGCCUCUCAGCAUUCAUGAUCCUUUGACAUCUUGGACCAAGGGAAAGGUGGUUCUCGUGGGGGAUGCUGCUCAUCCGAUGUUGCCAUUCGGAGGUCAAGGAUCCAAUCAGGCAAUCGAAGAUGCAGGGGCGUUGGGUUAUCUCUUCACUGCAGUGGAUGACGUUUUCAAAGUGUCGGCACGUCUGAAGAUGUUUGAGGAAGUACGCAUCAACAGAGCCUCCAUUAUUCAAACCUUGUCCACUCAGAGAGCCGGAAAGGAAAAGGAUGUCGAAGAGGCGUUGAAACAGUAUUAUGCUCCUGGUGCAAAGAUUCCCGGGUCAUUUCCCGAGCGCAAUUACGAUGCUUUCAGUCACAAUGUACUUCAAGCUGCCGCUGAUGUUUUGGCGACGUCAAAACUGGAGCAGGAAGCCCCCGACAGCGCGAGCACCGAGGCGUACAUUCUUCCUCAGAUGACGCGGGACUAUUUGAGCAAUCAGAUGAUGAGUCAAGCCGCGUGAUGAGCGAUGAGUGAUGAUGGGAGUCGAAGCAGUCAUUGAGGGGAGAUAUUGUCGAAAGGUGCUGGGUGGUGUUUUGGAUACGCAGCAUGGUGUCCGUCGGUUCAUAGAAGCUCAGGAUAUAAAGUGGGCUGGAGCUUAGAUAGCCAUUCUCAAGUGUUGUCUUGUCCUUGUGUUGUUCUGUCGCUGGCUGUUGU